UGGCCCUCCAAUGGGCGCGGCUCUGGGGCGGGGCUUGCGUACGGCGGGGCCUCCAUAAAGCGGCUCAGCGCCGGCACCGCCUCCCCGUCCGCGCCGAGUAUGUUCGUGGGGCAGUCGCCCGCCCGCGGGCUCCUGCUGCUGCUGCUGUCGUUCCUGCUGCUGCCGCAGGUGGCGCUGGGCUUCGCAGACGGCAGCUGCGACCCCUCGGACCAGUGCCCGCCCCAGGCCCGCUGGAGCAGCCUGUGGCACGUGGGGCUUAUCCUGCUUGCUGUCCUCCUGCUGCUGCUGUGUGGGGUCACGGCCAGCUGUGUCCGGUCCUGCUGCCUCCGGAAGCGGGCACACACUCAGCCACACCUGCCCUCCACACCUCAGCCUUGCGACCUGACAGUCAUUCCUGUGGACAGCGACAGCCCCGUGCACAGCACUGUGACUUCCUACAGCUCCGUGCAGUACCCGCUGAGCACACAGCUGCCCCUACCCUUUGGGGAGCUGGACCUCGACUCCAUGACCCCUCCCGCCUACAGCCUGUACGCCCCCGAGCUGCCACCCUCCUACGAUGAGGCUGUCAAGAUGGCCAAACCCAAACAGGAAGAGCCACCCCCCUCCCAGUAGCCCAGGCCCUUGGGUAGGGCCUCAGGCCUAGGGGACCCAGGAGCUGGGCCCCAAUGCCCCACAUCCCCGGCUAUAGCCCUGAUGCCCCUCAAAGGAGGGAGAGAGCUCUCCUGAACCUCCCUGUGCUCAGGGAGCACUUGGAGCCGGGGACCCCCAGCCCACCCCUACCAUCCUUCCCCCGGGAAGGCCAGCCGUCCAGCACAUUGCUGCAGCCCUGGCCUCGUUGCUAUGUAACGCCGGGCAGCCGAGCCAGCCAGCCCUGUGUUGGCCAGACACGCACACACACACACACACACAAACACACACACACACACACGCACACACAGCAGGCUGCUGUGUUCAGCCCCAGCCCCUACCCAUCCCAGCAGGCCCUGGGCCCAGAGGAGGCCCCAAAAGCCUAAGCCUCAGGGCUCAGAGCUGGCUAUGAUGUCCGCAGCUCUUUGGAGAGAGAAUAAAGUUUGUAUCUAAGUGGUCUCUGCCUGUAGGAAAGGGCUCCGGGAGGGGCCCUCAGGCAGCCGCCCCCCAGUGCAGGUAGGCAGGGCAAGCACACGGUCCUCGACCUCCACCCAGCCUGGCCUUCAGGCUGGUGUCCAGAGCCCAGAGCUGGGCAGUGGGCGGUGUUAGAUGUCGCAGCAGAAGUGACAGGCCAUGUGCCAUGGCUGGCCCAGGAAAACCCUCUCCCUUCUCCAGACCCACAUCUUUGCUGGCCCCUCCUUUCCA